AUGUAUCCCGCUGCAUCGGAUCUUCCUUAUGUCCUAUCGGAACGUGAGGAAAUCAACUCGAUCUUGUAUAAACCGAUCAAUUCGACGCAGCGAAUAAAGUACACAUGUUUCAACGCUUCAGCAAGCUAUAUUAUAUUGGGCUCAACCAGCGGCAGCAUUUACUUGUUCUCCAGAGAGCCAUGUUCAUUUCUUCAAAUAAUACCCUUAUCGGAGGGUGUGGUCUCGCGUGUGGCGAUAUCACCUGAUGAGAAGACUGUAGCCUUAGCAACGACUCGCGGUACCGUUUGUCUAGUCUCACUGAAAUCCACUCCGCAAUUGAUGUCGGUAUCCAUGGAACACAUGUAUGAACAAGUCACUUGUAUCUGCUGGAAUAAUAGCAGUACCGAGAUAUACGUAGGAGAUGCGAUAGGCAGAGUUUCCGUCAUGGUACUGUCCAUAUUCACAGUCAAUGGAAUAUUUCAAACUCCAGCCUGCAUUCUGAUGAAUCUGGAUUCCAGCAUUGUGCAAUUAAAUUUUUUCUCGCCUCUGUUACUAGUCUCCACGUUAGCACGUUGCUACGUCUGCGAUACGAUGCGAGAGCAAUACAAACAGAUAGGCAAUAAACCGCGGAACGGAGAGUUUGGUGCGUGUUUCUAUACGCACGAGGAUACUACUUUAAAUACUCAGAAAGAGGAGAGGAACAUCAAUAACACACGGGGAGCGUUUAAUUUGAUCUCCGACAGUGAUAGCAACAUCUUGGGCGAGAAUCAUUCGAAGAUCUUUUGCGCUCGGCCCGGUUCGAGAUUAUGGGAAGUAUCGGCCGACGGGAUCGUUGUGAAGACGCAUCAGUUCAAAGAGGCUUUGGCCGUUUCUCCGGUAGCAAUAUUUCGGUCAGAUAGUACCUUAGAAUCUAGUCAGAGGGAAGAGACGGAGCGCGAGUGGCCGCCGCAGUCUGUCAACUUCUCGCACUUGUUCGUACUCGCACGCAAGUAUUUAUUUUCCUACACUACUAGCGGCCUGUACAUUAUCGAUCCCACGAGCGCGAGCAUGCUGCUGUGGAGCAACGAGUACACGAACAUCAGCAUGACGGCGAUCGUGGAUGAUCGGAUCUACCUGAUGACCUGUGAUAGCGAAUUUCAUUGCGUGACAUUAUCGCCACUCGAUAGCCUGAUCCUAUGGCUGUAUUACAGCGAGCAAUAUAGAGAGUGUCUGAACGCGUGUUUUGUAUAUAAGUCACAAUUAUUGAAAGCCAUCGGCACUAAAGAGAUCAUUGAGUUGUUUAAGGUAGAAAAUCUGUCGCUGGAUGAAAGAGUGUCGGUGUUGCUGCGACCCUUAAUAACGCUUUUGCAAGUCAGCGACAAUAACAAGCCGGCUAAAUUGGAUUCCGGAAUUGUAGUUGUGCAUUCUGAAGACGAUAGAUUCGCGGAUAGAAAGGCUUACGAUUGCGAAACGAUGUCCUUGUUGCAAUCUUCUGAGAUCUCCAGCGAUGACUCGUCCGAAAUACAAAUAGGAUCUGGAAAAGAACGGGAAGAAAAUCUCGCACAAGAAAAUACUUUCGAAAUAACUUCGAAAGACAGAGUUGAUUCGAGGUACGAUAGCAAAGCAUUAGCCAUCAAAGACGACGAUCAGAAAGCAGACUUGCAAGAAAACAUUACACACAGAGUGCAGUCCGACUUACAGUCGGUCUACGAUCUGGCAAAUAGCAUCAAAUCUAGCAUGUCAGAAAAGGAACUUGAGGAGAUUAUUUUAGAGACGGAUAAAAGAAUGAGAACUGUCAAAGAUUCCUAUCGAGACUCGUCUGGGCUUCAGAAUUUCAUUUAUGAGGUCACCCGCGCUGCGGAAUUGCAUUAUUAUAAUACGUUGCUGGAAAACAUUUCCGUGCAGUUAAUAAAUUCCAUCGACAACGAUUAUGUUAUGCGUCAUCUCGCAAGAGCCUUUAUCGAGAUUAACGCGCCAGCUUACGCUAGAUGUAACUGCGGUUAUCCCUACCCGAUCGAUAAGACUGUAGAGCCCAAAUUUUUGGCGGUGGGCGAGUCCUUGAUCAAGAGAUACGCGAACAAUUUGCCACAAGAGUGUAACAAUAUUUGCGACAAGGUACCUUUUAUGUGGCGCGAGUAUCUGAACAUUCGCAUCGAACGAUGUAACGCGCUGGAUGAUUUGCUGAGACAGUGCCUUCAAACUAGAGACAAUGUUGUAUUGUCGUUUCUUCUGCCAGCAUUAAAUGAGCAACAAUGGAAUUGCGUGAUUACAUGUCUGAGCGAGAUCGAGAAUGGCACUUGCCUGUUUUGCGCGAUGCCUUUGAAGAAACCCGAAUACGACAUGCUGAUAGAUUGGAGUGGAAUUACCAGAGAGAUUAUGCAGAAAAAGGGACCAGAUGAGGCUAUGGCGUUUUUAAUUAAGUUGGAGAACAUGAUACCGAAUGUUAAUUUGGACAGAAGUAUAUUCCAGUCGAUCAUAUUUACAAAAAUGCUAUAUCGUCAAGGCGUGAAGAAGUCGAUUAAUUUUAGUAAAACUAAUCAAUUAUCAUCGGAAUUUGGUACAAUAUGCUCACCACAGAUACGCGAUCAACUGGCAAAGGCUCUUGAAAAAGACUUAAGGCGACCGAUAGAUAGAAAUGUGUUCGGUACAGGUGCUCAUCAUUGGGGUAUGCGUCAUCAGCUUAAAUCGUUAACGUGUCCAGGCUGCACGUUGUCUUUACAAACGCCAAUUCUAUUAGGUGACAGCGGAAUCGCGGUCUUCCGUUGCGGUCACGCCUAUCAUGUAAAUUGUAUGAUAGAAAGAAAACUUACUAGAUGCAAUCUUCAUCAAUAACUACUGUAAAUACGAGUUAAAUAGAGAAGUCACACGCAUCGUGUACAUUUCCUCUUAAAAUAAAGCUCUCUUCGGACGUA